AUGCCUAACUACACUCUCCAUUACUUCAAUGGCCGCGGCCGUGCCGAAAUCCUUCGUAUGAUGAUGGCCAUCGCUGGCUGCAAGUACAUGGACAAGAGAUAUGAAUUCUCUGACUGGGACCGCUGCAGGAAUGGCCAAUACCAGUGUGAUAUCUAUCUAUCUAUCUAUCUAUCUAUCUAUCUAUCUAUCUAUCUAUCUAUCUAUCUAUCUCAGCCUUUCUCAGUUAAGCCUUUCUCAGUUGUGAUAAUAUCUAUCUAUCUAUCUAUCUAUCUAUCUAUCUAUCUAUCUAUCUAUCUAUCUAUCUAUCUAUCUCAGCCUUUCUCAGCAAUAUACCCGUGUGAUAAUAUCUAUCUAUCUAUCUAUCUAUCUAUCUAUCUAUCUAUCUAUCUAUCUAUCUAUCUAUCUAUCUAUCUCAGCCUUUCUCAGUUAAGCCUUUCUCAGUACCUGCCCUGUCUGCAAAUGGACAAUGGCGACAUGAUGCCCGAGACCAUGUCCAUUUGUAGGUAUUUGGCUCGUGAACACGUCUAUUCAAAUCUAUCUAUGCAUCUAUCUAAAUUAUCUAUCUAUCUAUCUAUCUAUCUAUCUAUCUAUCUAUCUAUCUAUCUAAGUCUAUUCAAAUCUAUCUAUCUAUCUAUGUCUAUUCAAAUCUAUCUAUAUAUCUCAUUCUGUUUAAUAUAUAUGUCUAUUCAAAUUUAUCUAUCUAUGUAUCGAUCUAUAUUAUCUAUCUAUCUAUCUAUCUAUCUAUCUAUCUAUCUAUCUAUCUCAGUCUAUUUAAUAUCUAAGUCUCUUCAAAUCUAUCUAUCUAUAUAUCCCAUUCUAUUUAAUAUAUGCCUAUUCAAAUCUAUCUAUCUAUCUAUCUAUCUAUCUAUCUAUCUAUCUAUCUAUCUAUCUAUCGCAGUCUGUUCGCAUCUAUCUAUCUAUCUAAGUCUAUUCAAAUCUAUCUACCUCAGUCUAUUUAAUAUCUAA